AUGGCAAAAGACACAAAAAGUAAACCACACACUGGCACGUCAACAGGAAAAGGUGAUAAACCUAAAGGACGUUCAUUUUGUUGGUCUAUAUGUAUUUAUACAUUUGUUUUUGUUUCCGGUGUUAUUGUUGCAACAAUCUUACCUGAUUUAGCCGGUCAUCAUCUUAAACAACCUUAUGGAAAAGAAUAUAGUAUUAUGGUUGAACAAGUGUUUAAAGAUUUACCAAAACAUUUAAAUAAUUUUGCUGAAACAGCAAGUGCAGUUGGUCAUAAUUUAAUGGAUCGUUUUUGGGUAAUGAAAGCUGAAAUUGAUCGUCGUGUUGCAGAAAUAAAAAAUAAACAAGAAGAUGCAUCAACUACAGAACAAACUACAACAACAAGUAAUUGA